UUUAUGUGGGGAAAAGAACAGAAUAAGAAAGCGGAGAGGGAGGCAGCCAACAGUCACAAGAAAUCGAAGUGGGAGAGAGAGCGGCGGCUUUGUUGACGGCGUUCGGCGGUGAAGAAAUCUUCGGCGUCCUUUCCAUUCGGCGUCGGUGCGUUUUCCGGUGAGGGGAGAAAGCUGCAGAGUUUAAGAAGCGUUUAGGUCACGGUUUUUCGGCCAGUGACAGCGAGAUAGAUCAGGUUGGGUUCUGAGGUUUUUCCUUCCGGCAUUCUCGCGGUGAGGUUCGUUUUUCCGGCGGGUUUGGUGGUGAAGGGGUUCUGCCGUGGGUUAUUUAGUUGAGCAGUGGUUGUUCUACAUUUCGGUCUCAGAUUCAGUGGUAUGCCUCAGCACGUAUGUCUCUCGUAUUCUUGCCGUAGUUUGAGUUGACGGGGAAGUAAAAGAAAGCAAAGCCAUGAAGAACAAGGUUGAUUUGGACAACCACGAUGAUGCUUCUUGGUGGUUGAUUCAAAAAGGAGUUAAAGCUAUUUUUUUGUCCAUAUCUUUGUUUGCUUUGCUGAUACGAGUGGCAGUCUCCCUUCAUCCUUACUCGGGUGCGGGCAACUCUCCAAAGUAUGGCGACUAUGAGGCACAGAGGCAUUGGAUGGAAAUCACCAUCAAUCUUCCAGCUAAGGACUGGUACCGGAACAGUACCACCAAUGACCUCAACUAUUGGGGACUUGAUUAUCCCCCCUUAACGGCGUAUCAGAGUUUCGUUCAUGGUCUUCUCCUCAAGUUAUUUGAUCCAGAUUCAGUUUCACUGUUUACUUCGCGAGGUUAUGAGUCCUAUUUUGGAAAACUUCUUAUGAGAUGGACAGUUUUAUCCUCUGAUGUGCUGAUUUUCUUUCCUGCAGUUUUCUAUUUUGUUCUUGCAUAUUUUAGUGAUAACUCCAGGUUUCGUAAAAGGGAUAUAGCAUGGCAAAUUGCAAUCCUUCUCAUCAACCCGUGUCUCAUCUUAAUUGAUCAUGGGCAUUUUCAGUAUAACUGUAUAAGCUUGGGCCUUACUGUGGGAGCUAUUGCUGCCAUAUGUACGGAUAAAGAUCUUGUGGGCAGUUUUCUAUUUACCCUUGCUCUGAAUCAUAAGCAGAUGAGUGCAUAUUAUGCUCCAGCAUUUUUCAGCCAUCUCCUGGGUAAAUGCAUGAGGCGUAGAAAACCCAUUGUUGAAGUGUUAAAAUUGGGGGUGGUCGUCUUGGGAACUUUUGCUAUUAUUUGGUUGCCAUACCUUCAUUCAGUUGAUGCUCUUUUGCAGGGGGAAGAUGACAAUCUUUUUAUAUAUGAGAUUACCUCUCCACUGAUGCGCCUCCUUCUCGCCCGUUGCAUUCUCGAGUCUACUCCCGAUAUCCUCCAUCACAACCUUCAGACUCAUGUCCUACAUCAAUGCCUCCUUCAUCAUGCGAUCCGGGACCAAGUGAUGAUCUUCCCAUUGCUCUUCGCAAAGGUUCUAUCACGUCUUGCUCCCUUUGAGAGAGGAUUGUAUGAAGAUUAUGUGGCGAACUUUUGGUGUACCACGUCUGUCCUUAUUAAGUGGAAGAGAUUAUUUUCAGUGAAAUUACUGAAAAUUUUGAGCUUCACUGCUACAUUGUCAACUUGUUUACCUUCCAUGCUUCAACAGAUUCGUUUCCCAAGUAACCAGGGGUUUCUAUGUGGCCUUUUAUGUAGUUCUUUCUCAUUCUACCUGUUUUCAUUUCAAGUGCAUGAGAAGUCUAUUCUUCUUCCUCUUCUUCCUGCAAGCAUGUUGGCACUGGAUGAGCCUUCAUUAUUUAUACAUUUUCUACACUAUGCAUUGCUUUCCAUGUUUCCUCUUGUAGUUCGAGACAAACUGGUUCAAGCAUAUCUUGCCAUUUAUGCUCUUACCUUCCUUAUUAUCAAUGCGUUAAAUAAUGGAAAGCAAAAAAGGGGAGUAUUUCAUUCUGCGGGGGUUUUAUUUGGAUGCUGCCUGUUUUGUUCACUUAUUCUCCACGUUGUGUACUUGGUGGUGCGCCCUCCUGAGAGGUAUCCCUUUCUCUUUGAGGCAAUAAUUAUGCUUCUUUGCUUUUCUCAAUUCAUCUUCCUUCUUAUCUUCUUCAAUGUAAAGCAAUGGACGCUGUCUAAAGCUGUUCCACAGAUGCACAAGCAAAAGCUUAAUUAGUUUGAUAUGCUUCUAACUCAGUUACUUACCCUGACUUUACAUUUUUGUUUUCUUAACCAAUAACACAAGAUCUUGUUGAGCUUAUUUGAAACAGAAGUAAAUCAGCAGCGGCCCUACUGUAGUUCAAUUGUUUUGAUAAUUGAUGAAGUAACCGUUUCCAGUCA